UCUCUUAAAAAAUCCGAUAAAUCGGUUUCGGCUUUUAAUUUCGGUACAAAAUUAAAAAAAUAGAGGCAGUUGGAACUGUUUCCGAACUGUACUCAGUUGGCCAUGGCAGAGAGUGAGAGCUUUGAAGCUCUCGCAGUAGAAAAUAAGGAACAUAAAAGUGAAGGAAAUGAACAAAACGACGGUGACUUUGUAGGAGAAGAGGAAUUAGAAGGCAAUUAUAAUGAGGAAGAAGAAGAGGAGGAGGAAGAGAAAGAGAAGGAGAGUCAACUCAGUGAGUUGCAGCAAAUCGUACCGAGUCCGCAGAAGGAGGAGGAGGUGAGGGAGGAGCAAGUGGAAACCCUAACGGUGAUGCCGCUGUCUUCCACGGAGAUACUACCGAAGGAGAAUGAUCAGUAUUCAGAUGAUCUUGCAGGUUUGAAAGGAAAUUCAGCGGCAGAGACGCACGUGGAAGCUGAAUACAAGGAGCAAGUAGGGUUGUCGCACCAGGAAGUUUUGGGAAGGGUAGCAGACAAGACUUCUGGAGCCCAGACCCAAAAUCAGCUUCAGCCUUCUGUAUGUCCAACUUCCUUGUCGGAAUUGUCACCAACUUCUGUUACACAACCUAUCUCGUCUGCUCCAAGUCCAACUCCUCCAGUAAAAAAAUUGUCUCCCCCAGAGGUUAAGAAUGCAUGUAUAUCAGAAGCAGGGAACCAAAGUUCUGCUGAGCUCAAGGCUCUCUAUGUUCCUGUAGCGAAGACAUCUAUUCCAGAUGGAUACAACUGGCGUAAAUAUGGCCAGAAGCAAGUGAAGAGUCCUAGAGGUUCUCGAAGUUACUACAAGUGCACUUAUUUUGACUGUUGUGCUAAAAAGAUUGAAUGUUCUGAUCACUCAGGCCAUGUGAUUGAGAUUGUUAAUAAAGGAAUGCACAGUCAUGAUCCACCUCGGAAGAAUAGAAGCACAAGGAAAAGCAGGACUGGAUUAUCUGUUGGGCCUAUUUUGCAGACCACUGUAACUGAGCAUACCGUCAGAAUGCUCAAAGACUCAGAACCUGCCACAUUGUCAAUUGAACUUGUACAAGAAACAUCCGCAAUAUCUGAAAGAAAACGACAGAGUGCAAGCAGCUCAGAUGAGAACAAGGAAACUCAAAUAAAAGAGGAGAAUAUCAGUGAACCUGAGCCAAAACGAAGAUUGAAGGGAAACUUAGAAUGCUCGAAAGCUGUCCUUAAACCUGGAAAAAAACCUAAAUUCAUCGUUCAUGCAGCAGGUGAUGUGGGGAUCUCAGGUGAUGGAUAUAGAUGGCGGAAGUAUGGACAGAAGAUGGUGAAGGGAAAUCCUCAUCCCAGGAACUAUUAUAGAUGCACUUCAGCUGGAUGUCCUGUCCGAAAGCACAUUGAAACAGCAGUGGAUAACACAAAUGCUGUCAUUAUAACAUACAAGGGAGUACAUGACCAUGACAUGCCUGUACCGAAGAAGCGACAUGGCCCACCAAGUGCUCCACUUGUUGCUGCAGCUGCUCCUGCUUCAAUGAGCAACUUGGCAAUUAAGAAAGCCGAUGCAUUGCAAGGCCAAGCUACUUCAACCCAGUGGUCGGUUGGAAAGGAAGGCGAAUUAACUGGUGAAACCCUUGAUCUCGGGGGUGAGAAGGAGAAGGCAAUAGAAUCAGCUCGGACCCUUCUGAGCAUAGGAUUUGAAAUCAAACCUUGCUGAAAAUUUGAAAAGCCGAAGGACCCCCUUCUGUCUGGGGUACAGUAUAAAGAUUACCAGGGGAUGGCCGUCAUUUUAUGGAAGUCAUGUAGCUCUCAAAAUACAUUAUCAGGUUUGAGGAUGUCUUCUUUUUUUUGUAUCUAUUUCCCCCCCCUUAACUUACCAUAUUCCUGCAGUGAUUCAGUAAGAGUUGUAUAUUUGGUAUUGUACACCCUCCCAGCUCAGUUUGGAGUAGGCUAAUAGUAGUGCAUAACAGAGAGAUGGCUGGCAUCCAUUUUUCCUUGUCUUGAUUGGGACCCAUUUCAAUAUCUCCAUUUCUGGAGCAGCUUUCUCACUUUCCUGCCGUGGAUCUCAGACUAUCACUAGAGGGUAGGUGGCAGCUUUAAAGGUGCCUAUUUGUUGAGUGAUCAAUCUGCUAGUUAUUUAUGGCUUCAUCAAGCACCCUGAGGUAGAUAUGGUAGAUGUGCCCAUUUUAAGAGGUAAUUGAGGAGCUAAGCAGAGCAUUGAAGGUUGCUGCAAAGGGGCGCCACACAUCCAUCCUUGAUGAAAUGGUUGUCACAGCUGAGCAAUUAAUGUCCAGCUGUAUUAUUUUGAUUCGCUCGAUGUGUUGGCUGCAUCCUUUGGGAUUUGGAUUUUGAUAUUGUCAAUUUCCCCCCUCUCAAGAUCAAUGUUCAUCUGGGCUUCUUCGGCUCGGUUCACAAGUCAUGAGGCCCAACCAAUUCCGUGUUAAAUUUGCGAGCUUCUAAGAAACUGCAUUUGUAUUGCUCCCCAGAGGGUAGAGAUGUUGCUUUAGAAA